AUGUCAAACAAAAAUCGACUCACGUUGGGACAAGCGAGCUGCCUUGUUUUAGGCCUGCCUCCUACACCAGAGAACAGGAAAUCCAGUAAAGAAUGGUUCAAAAGCUCUCCACUUGCUGUUACGUUCAAGGAUGAUGACAAUCCAUUGGAACCCAUUGCGAUCGGCAAGGCCGUGAAACAGCAAAACGUUUUCCGGUUCCAUGACUAUCCUGAGACACCAUCAACGAGCCGCGAAAAUUCACCCGAACCAGAGUCCGAGAGCAGCGGGAGCUCAACUGAGGAGGAAGAAGCCGCAGCAUUCAACAUGCACUCCGUUGUGAAUCAACUGAAAGCAUACAUUUCCUUGGAGGAACCGGUGAACCCAGAAUUAUUCGACAAGAAGUUUGUCACCUCCGACGUCAUCAAGGACAUUAUAACCCACCAUUUCCAUGUGCAAGUCACAACGGAAACAGUCAGUCACUGGAUUGGACGGGACGGAUGGCUAGGAAGUACGACUAGACACAGAAUCAACGGAAAAGUUGAGCGUGGAAGGUGGGCUUAUGUAAUGAAAACGAAGUUCCAAGAUUACAUACAAAGGGACCGUGUGAGCUCCCAUAAAAAGUACCUGAAAUAUCUUAAGAAAGCUGGCGCGGAUCUCGUAACGGUCGGCUACGCGCGCAAAUCGCCGGGAAAAGAAUCGUGCGCCGUCAGAGUCCGCUGUUUGCAACUCAUGAUCAACAAAUUGCGGACAAGGUACCGAUGUGCCAAAAUCUUCGUCUCACCCUCAUGUUAUGCCUACGACCGGUUCGACGAGAGGGACCUGAAAGACGAACCAGAUAUCAUAAAUAACCUUAAAUUCAUCAAAGGAACCAUGCAAGACCUCAUUGUCCGUUUAAACACGAAGCAGCAGCCUAUACGUUUAGUCAUCCUUGACUAUGCAGGUCUUUCAACAAACGUUUCCGAUAUCCACCAUUUUAUCAAGUAA